AUGUCAGGUGCGGUUUAGGACUCCGUGGUGGCCACGGCGACGCGGAGCCGCGACUUGUAUAAACGCGGCGGCGACCGGCGGCGGCGGCGCGCGAUGCGUCGUCUGCUGCUCACGGGCUUCCCUGCAUCCUCCGCCCUGACCUUCCGCCCACGCAUCCGCUUCUUCCCCCGCGCGAACCCUAGAAGCAUGGCGGCCGCAGGACCUGCCUGCUGUGCCCCAGCCGCCGCCGCCGCCGCCGCCUCCUCGUCGGCUUCUGCUUCUGCUGCUGCUGCGGCUGGCGAUGGCGGCGGAGGAGCCCAGAAGCCGUGGCUGCUCAUCGGGCUCGGGAACCCCGGCAGGAUGUACAAGGGGACUCGUCACAACGUUGGAUUUGAGAUGAUCGAUGCUAUUGCAGAAGCUGAGGGUAUUUCUGUUAGCAGCAAGCAAUUCAAGUCAAUGGUUGGUAAAGGCCUUAUUGGUGAUGUCCCAGUAAUGCUUGCCAAGCCACAGACUUACAUGAAUGCAAGUGGUGAGUCUGUUGCACAGCUGGUUUCAUAUUUUAAGAUACCACUCAGUCAAGUUCUUGUGAUCUAUGAUGAUCUAGACAUACCCUUUGCAAAAUUGCGCUUACUGCCUAAAGGAGGACAUGGCGGGCAUAAUGGGAUGAGAAGCAUUAUUAACCAUUUGAAACAGAGCCGUGAUUUCCCACGCCUUAGGAUUGGUAUUGGGCGCCCCACUGGGAAGUUGGAUGCUAUCGGCUUUGUUCUAAGGUCAUUCACCAAGGAAGAACAAGAAGAGCUUAAUUUGACGAUCAAUAGGAGCUUGCAAGCAGUAAGGAUAAUGCUACUCGAAGGAUUCAACAAGGGUGCAACUUUUGUGAACACUCCACAGCCAUCAGAAAUGCUAAAUAAAUGAAAGUGCCUCCCUUCAGAGGUUCAGAUUGCUUAGGGAUUCAAAUGAAGAGUGUACAAUAGCUGUUGUUGUUAGAAGCACCCAGAAUAGCUGCACAAAGCACAAGGACCAUUCUCCUUGAGCAUAUGUAUCCCAAUUGAUUUGUAAAGGUGUUCAUUUACAACACACAACAAAAUGUUGCUCAUCGCAACUCUACUUAUACAUGAUUCAUUGUUAACAAAUAUACUACUCGAUCAAUUCAUUGGCUUCCUAUCUUGCCUGUUUUCA